AUGGCACUGUACACCUCUAUACGGUGCAAGAAAGCAGGGGAGAUAAGAAAACGAGAACUCACUGGCUGUGCUUUGCAAACGGCGGCAACUGCAAUGGUGGUUUUAUUCCAUCAUGGUGACGAAGGACGGAAGAGUGAAUUGAUAUGCAGGACAAUUCUGUUUUUGGGAAAACAUGAUGCUCCAGCUGCAGAGUCUAACAAAAGCUCUUUCCCUCAUGCUACGUCUCUCCCUACGCCUUGA